UUUCUGCAUUUUCUACUACACGUGCUUUUUAAUAAUUUUUGUAAAUAGCAUUUAUUUUUAAUUGUAUAAAGUAACGUUUAUGAUAAGCUAUAAGCUGUUAAAAAACUACAAAGACAAUGACAGACAUUUAAUUGUCAGCACAAACUUCCUACGUUUAAAUAAUAUUCGUCAAAAUGUAUUUUUCGUAAGAAUUUCAGAUAAUUUAAGAGUAAAAAUAAUUAAGUUAGACGCAAAAUAAUGGAAAAAGUUCGCAGACCAUUAUUGAAAGUUAUACUUCUAGGGGAUUCCGGUGUUGGAAAAACGUCUUUAAUGCAUCAAUACAUAAGCAAGAAAUUUACUAGCGUUUACAAAGCCACGAUUGGAGCUGAUUUCUAUACCAAAGAUGUCGUCGCCAACGGUAAGACAGUAACACUGCAAAUAUGGGAUACAGUUGGCCAAGAAAGAUUUCAAUCGUUGGGCAUUGCGUUUUAUAGGGGAGCUGAUUGUGUAGUUCUUGUUUAUGAUGUAACAAUGCAGUCCUCAUAUCAAGCCCUAGAAGUUUGGAAAGAUGAGUUUUUAAUCCAUAGGGCUCCAAAAGAUCCCAGAAAUUUUCCAUUUGUUGUGCUUGGUAAUAAAGUGGACUUAGGAAACAAAAUUCGCAAGAAAGUUGAUAUACAGCAAAUUAUGAUGUGUGAUUAUACAGUGCCGUCCUUCUUGACGAGUGCUAAAGAUCGGACGAACAUAAAGGAAGCUUUUGAUUGUGUUGCUAGAAUGGCGAUGAGUCAAGAAAAGGAUGAUUACUUAUUCAACACAAUGCCGGAAGAAAUAACAAUAAAUCCUAAAGAGGAAGAUUGGAAUUAUAAAUGUUUGUGUUAAAUAUUUUAUUGGAGUGAAGUUUGAUGCGUUUGAAAUAAAUAUACUGAAUGAUA